AUGGCUGGCAACGCACAACAAUACACAGCGUCCAGGACGGCGGGCAAUAUGCCUCCCAUGCCGGCAAAAGACGACGCCGAAGCAACAUGGAACUUUCUGCAACUCGGUGUCCAGAAGAUUAUGACGGACCUGAAAGAGGGCAUGGACAUGAAGACAUACAUGGGCCUGUACACCGCAAUACACAACUUCUGCACGGCUCAAAAGGCCGUGGGAGGGGGCGCGGGCGGGUUCGGCGCAGCGAACAACCGUGGAGGUGCACAUCUUCUCGGAGAGGAGCUCUACAACAAACUUAUCGAUUACCUCAAAAAUCACUUAGCGGGCGUUCGGGACCAGUCGAAACAGCAUGUAGACGAAGCGCUCUUGACCUUCUACAUCAAGGAAUGGAAGCGCUACACCACCGCCGGCAUGUACAACAACCACCUCUUCCGGUACCUCAACCGACACUGGGUGAAGCGGGAGAUGGAUGAGGGCAAGAAGAACAUCUACGACAUCUACACAUUACACCUGGUGCGAUGGAAAGAAGACAUGUUCGGCGCGACGCACAAGAGUGUGAUGGAUUCAGUUCUGCGGCUAGUGGAAAAGCAGCGCAACGGCGAGACCAUCGAGCAUAGCCAAGUCAAGAGCAUCGUGGACUCAUUCGUAUCCCUGGGUCUAGAUGAGGGCGACAGCACGAGGUCGACGCUGGACGUCUACCGCCAGUACUUCGAAAUACCGUUCCUCGCCGCAACAAAGAAGUAUUACCAAGAGGAGUCGAGGAGCUUCAACGCCGAGAACAGUGUAGUAGAAUACAUGAAGAAGGCAGAGGCCCGUCUGGAUGAGGAGAAGGAGCGGGUGUCGUUAUAUCUACUUGCCGAGAUCACGAACCCUCUUAUGAAGACAUGUGAGGAGGCGCUAAUUAAAGAUCACUCAAACAUGCUUCGCGACGAGUUCCAAGUCCUACUUGACAACGAGCGGCAGGAGGACCUCGGUAGAAUGUACAAGCUACUCGCCCGGAUACCGGAUGGUCUGGAUCCUUUACGUACUCGUUUCGAGGCUCAUGUGCGCAAGGCAGGUCUGGCCGCCGUCGAGAAGGUCGCAGCAGAAGGAGACAAUCUGGAGCCAAAGGUCUACGUGGAGGCCUUGCUUGACGUCCACACACAGUACCAAGACCUCGUAAACAAGGCAUUCAAUGGCGAGUCUGAGUUUGUGCGGUCGCUGGAUAACGCCUGCCGAGAGUUUGUCAAUCGGAACAAGGUGUGCAAGUCAGGCUCAACGCGGUCGCCCGAGUUGCUUGCCAAGUACACCGACACGCUGCUCAAGAAGUCUUCAACCAAGAUGACGGAGGAAGAUAACAUGGAGAAGCAGCUCUCUCAGAUCAUGACCAUCUUCAAGUACAUCGAAGACAAGGACGUUUUCCAGAAGUUCUACUCCCGCAACCUAGCCAAGCGCCUUGUGCAAACUACUUCCGCCUCCGACGACGCCGAAACGAGCAUGAUCAGCAAGCUGAAAGAAGCCUGCGGUUUCGAGUAUACGAACAAGCUGCAACGCAUGUUCCAAGACAUGCAGAUCUCCAAAGACCUCAACACAGCCUUCAAAGACUGGCAGUCCGAGAACCUCGAUGCCGCAGACCAGAAGAACGCCGUCGACGCUACCUACAACAUCCUAGGCACGGGCUUCUGGCCGCUUAACCCUCCGACCACCGCCUUCGCGCCUCCGCAUACUAUCGUCAAGACGUACGAGCGCUUCGCGGCGUUUUAUGCGAACAAGCACUCUGGCCGUAAGCUCACCUGGCUAUGGCAGCUCUGCAAAGGAGAGAUCAGGGCGAACUACAUCAAGAGCCAGGGUAAGAUGCCGUACACAUUCCAAGUGUCAACCUUCCAAAUGGCGAUCCUUUUGCUCUUCAAUGACGCGGAGACGGUGACAUACGAGGAGAUGGAAGAGGCGACCAAGCUGAACAAGGAGAACCUGGACGCCUCUCUCGGCGUGUUUCUGAAGGCCAAGGUCCUCAAUGUGAGCCCGGCGGGCGCGAAGCCGGAGAAGGGGACCAGCUAUACGCUGAACUAUGACUUCAAGAAUAAGAAGGUCAAGGUUAAUCUGAAUAUUGCGGUUAAGAGCGAGCAGAAGCAGGAAGUUGAGGAUACGCAUAAGACUAUUGAGGAGGAUAGGAAGUUGUUGAUGCAGUCCGCAAUCGUCCGCAUCAUGAAAUCCCGCAAGAAGAUGAAGCACCAACAGCUCGUCGGCGAGACAAUCGCGCAGAUCAAAUCCCGCUUCUCGCCCAAGGUCCCGGACAUCAAGAAGUGCAUCGAUAUCCUGCUCGAGAAGGAGUAUCUCGAGCGGCUCGAGGGCGAUGAGCUAGGGUAUCUGGCUUAG